GGGCGAAAAAAAAAAAAGGAAAAAGAAAGAAAAGAGCAGCGUCUGUGACUGUGCCGCCAGCUUUAACGCAUCCAAAGCGCAUGCAAUGAGCCGGGUUUGAGUGUGCACAAACCGGAGGGGAAGAGGAAGAAGACGCUCACGACGAGAGAAAUCCGAUGAGAGGAACGGCUCAGAGAGAGUGAGCUGAGCUGCCGUAGAUUGUCCAAAGGGGCAGCGUUUCUCCCAGUUCCGGUUUGUCUGUCUGUGUGUGCGCGCUGUGUGCGAGAGUUGGGACCCCAAACAAAAGGCUGCCAUCAUCCUACAGGAGAUCUUCAGCUUGCGAGAGAGAGGGAGAGAGAGAGAGAGAGAAAGCCCGAAUCUGCUUGAUGCUUAACCGAACAUGAGCUCCUAUUUUGUUAACCCUCUUUUUUCUAAAUACAAAGGCAGCGAGUCACUGGAGCCAACUUACUACGACUGCAGGUUCCCACAAAGCGUCGCCCGCAGCCACACGCUGGUUUACGGACCCGGAGCCGCCGCGCCGGGCUUCCAGCACCCGUCCCAUCAUGUGCAGGACUUUUUCCACCACGGGACCACGGGGAUCUCCAACCCGGGAUACCAGCAGAACCCAUGCGCUCUGGCGUGCCACGGCGACGCGACGAAAUUUUAUGGAUACGAAGCCCUUCCGAGGCAAACGCUUUAUGGUGCCCAGCAAGACGCAAGCCUAGCGCAAUACCCAGACUGUAAAUCGUCGAGCAGCUCUAACCCCGGAGAAGGACAAGGCCACUUAAAUCAAAACUCCUCACCCAGUCUUAUGUUUCCCUGGAUGAGACCCCACGCCCCAGGCAGAAGGAACGGGAGACAAACCUACAGCCGCUACCAGACCCUGGAACUGGAGAAGGAGUUCCUCUUCAACCCUUACCUGACGCGCAAGAGGAGGAUCGAGGUGUCCCACGCCCUAAGUCUCACCGAGCGUCAGGUGAAGAUCUGGUUUCAGAACAGGCGGAUGAAGUGGAAAAAGGAGAACAACAAAGACAAGUUUCCGGGUCAGAGAGGGGAGGCCGAAGCCGAGGCCGAGGAAGAGGGCAACGAGGACGGUGAAGGGGACGAGGGAGAAGAGAAAGAGGCGGAAGAGAAAGAAGAAAGCAAGGAGUAAUUUUUAUGGUCCUUUUUAUGGUUAUAUGGCUGGAAACGAGAGAAAAAAGGAGAGAGGUCCCAUAAACAGACGAAGAGCCACAAGGAGGCAGAGAGCGUCAUUUUUACGACCACCCUUCCCAUUUUGUCAAGAGGGAACAGGAAUCCCACCGAUAUUGCUGUCAUAAAUAGACUAAAUUCUCUAUUCUCCCCCACUCGAUUGUCCCAAACAGGUUCCCAACGUUGCCAUUUUGGAGAAGCGACACAACUUUAGUCAAAUAUUUCUUUAAUAAUGAAUCUCACCCAUGCACAGAAAUUCAAGGCGCAAAGUAAAAACGCAUGUUAGACUAAAAAUGGCUUAGUGUUUGUUUUCUUCACAUUUGCCUUUGUUUCUUUUUUUUUUCUUUUUUUUGGUUUGUUUUAAAAAAUAAAUAAAAAUAAAAGUCCAGCUUAGAAAAAAAAAAACACGACCAGUAUUCCCAACGUGUUGUAAAUAGAUGUGAAAAAAAAAAAAACAUUUCAUUUCAGACUCAAAACUAUUAAUGAAACCUAGGCCUGUACCUUAUUAGUGUUUUGACAUCGCCGCACUGUUACUUCACUGAGUAUUCGUCUCAUAUAGCCAGGCUAUAUGAGACACACAUUUGAUUUGAUUCCUACAAGAAUCUUUUUUUUUUUUUUUUUUUUUUUUUCCUCUGAUUUUAUGUGAAUGGCGCAGACAAAGUUACAGCCAUGAUCGCUCCUCCGACGUCCUUUGUUUUUCCUCGGAUCGCCAGGGACGCGCAACUGUUUGAAAUCCCUUGAUGCUACCUAUGUUAACCUGGGGGAGAUUGCAAUAGAGAUUUCUGAAUAAAGAGAUUUCAUAUGGUUUUAAAUUUUUUAAGUGUUCUAUGUCAACCUUAUAUUAUUAAGUUAUGUGUAUAGCAUUUACCCGAUAUACAAUAAACACUUGUUGAAGACAUUUUUUUCCCCCCCCUUUUCUUUCUGUUUUGAAGUCUUGGGAAGACGAUUUAGCUCAAAGCCAAGUGAACAAAUGACUUGUUUUUAUUUUGGGAGAUUGUACUACAGCACUACCUAAAGCUCAGAGCUCUGCCCUCGCAUCAUUUCUAAUAUUCCACACAUGCGUGGCAUCGCUCUGAUCUGAUCGCAAGCUAACAAUUCCCCAACAACUAAAAACUGCCUAUAAGACGCACAUGGACUGCGUGUGAUGACACCUGCAACAAUGACAAGGAUUUUAAAGUUUCAAAAAGGGAACUUUUAUUUUAAUGUGCUGGUGAUAUUAGAGUAGUUUUAUUUUCUUUGCACUGAAUAUAAUCUUUAUGUACGUCUUGUUCUAUAUUGAUGUUAACAUAACAAUAUGCUCGUUUUCUUGUUGUUUCUCCUGUGAAAGACAGAAUUGUGUGCCCCCCCCCCUUCCCCUUUCAUUGUUGAUGUAAAAUCAGAAAUAAACAAGAUGGCUCACAUUCA